AUGCAGGCCACUAUCCAAGCUAGUAGGGAAGAUUAUAGAGCGAGUGACUACAACAAAACAGCGUCAUUUGUCUACUCGGAAGAAUUCACGUCGCCGAUACUCAGGUGUCUUAACCCCAGCGAGGGCGACCGUAUUAUCGACCUUGGUUGCGGAAGCGGUGAGCUGACGGUCAAAAUCCAAGACGCCGUCGGUACCAAGGGUUUCGUAGUCGGUGUAGACUGCAAUGAGGACAUGUUGGCAAAAGCGUCCGGAAGUGGGGUGAGGAACCUGGUGCUGUGUGAUAUCCAGGAUCUUCGCGUGCCUACGGACGUGAUCGAGGAAAAGUCGUUUAAUGCGGCAUUUAGCAACGCGGCUCUGCAUUGGUGCAAGGAAAAUCCUUCUGGAGUACUGAAUGGCAUCAAAUGCGUGUUGAAAGAUGGAGGCAGAUUCAUCUGCGAGAUGGGGGGGUUCCUCAACUGUAUUGGGGUGCGCCUCUCCUUGCAUCAUGCAUUAAGAAAACGCGGAUUUGAGCCCGAGAAGAUCGAUCCUUGGUAUUUCCCCUCAGUGAAGGAAUACCGCAAGCUCCUGGAAGAUGGAGGUUUUCGAGUGGACAGCAUAGCCUUGGUUCCAAGGAUAACAUCGCUCAAUGGUGGCGGACUACGCGACUGGCUAGAACUUUUCGUUCGCAGGACUUUUUUGAAGACUCUAAGUGAUGAGGAUGCCGCGGAGAUUAUGGACGAGGUUACCCAGAUGUGCUCGGUGGAUAUGAGGGACGAAGCAGGAAACUGGUCGGUGAUGUAUGCCAGGUUGAGAUUUUCGGCAACUCUGCAGUACUGA